AUGACGCCCCGACUGUCUAGCUGCUCCCGUACGGGGGGCGCAGGGGCCGACAGGCUCGCUGCGUUCCGGCCCAGCCGCGGUCCCCAGCGGCCGACCCGGGCCGCACGCCAGGUCUUCGCCAAGGCGGUCGCCACUCCCACGAAGGAGGCCAGUACUAGUGCGUCCAAGUCGGCCAGCAUCAGCUCUGAGACGGCCAAGGAGCUGUACCGGGACAUGGUGCUGGGCCGCGAGUUCGAGGAGAUGUGCGCCCAGAUGUACUACCGCGGCAAGAUGUUCGGGUUCGUGCACCUCUACUCUGGCCAAGAGGCGGUGUCCACAGGUGUGAUCAAGGCCUGCCUGCGCAAGGACGACUACAUCUCCUCUACCUACCGUGACCACGUGCACGCCCUGAGCAAGGGCAUCUCCGCCCGCAAGAUCAUGUCUGAGCUGUUUGGGAAGAAGACGGGGACGUGCCGCGGCCAAGGCGGCUCCAUGCACAUGUUUGACGCCGAGUACGGACUGCUGGGCGGCUACGCCUUCAUCGGCGAGGGCAUCCCUGUGGGCCUAGGCGCGGCCUUCACCAGCGCCUACAAGCGCCGCGUGCUGGGUGACGACGGCGCGGACCAGGUGGCUGUCAACUUCUUCGGCGACGGCACCUGCAACGUGGGCCAGUUCUACGAGUCCCUGAACAUGGCCUCCCUGUACAAGCUGCCCUGCAUCUUCGUGGUGGAGAACAACCGGUGGGCCAUCGGCAUGAACCACCUGCGCGCCACGGGGUCUACCCUGGGCGACGAGGAGCCUUGGAUCCACAAGAAGGGCCCCGCCUUUGGCAUGCCCGGAGUGCAUGUGGACGGCAUGGACGUGCUGGCAGUGCGCGAGGCGGCGCUGGAGGCCGUCGCGCGCGCGCGCCGCGGCGAGGGCCCCACGCUGAUCGAGGCAGAGACCUACCGCUUCCGGGGCCAUUCCCUGGCCGAUCCCGACGAGCUGCGGUCGCGGGAGGAGAAGGAGCACUACGCGGCGCGCGACCCCAUCCCCCAGCUCCGCGCCUACAUGCUCAAGCAUGGACUGGCCAGCGAGACCGACCUCGCAGAGCUGCACGCCUCCGUGGCGGCCGAGGUGGACGACUGCGUGGAGUACGCCGACGCCUCACCCAAGCCCGACAUGAGCCAGCUGCUGGAGAACGUGUUUGCCGACCCCAAGGGCUUUGGCAUCGCGCCGGACGGCAGGUACCGGUACGAGCUGCCGGGCUUCACCGCCGGCACCGCCGAGGUGUCUUAA